ACAACCCUCACACUCUUUCUCUCCCUCUGGCAUGUAUGUGCUGGUAGGAGCCCCCCAGUAGUAAAAACUGCUGUAGAAAUCCUUUAGUGUUCCUUCCUCAAGAGAACUUAUGGCCUCGGGAUCACGGCUCAGUUUUUAAGAUGGACAGAAGCUGGAUGACCUUCUGAUGGGCUUUAAACUUUGAACUGGAUGUGGACAUUCUUCUCUCAGAUGACAGAAUCACUCCAACUUCCCCUUUGCAGUUGCUUCCUUUCCUUGAAGGUAGCCGUAUCUUGUUUUCUUUAAAAACCUUUUCCUUUCAAAUUUGCCUGCCAUGCCGACCAUCAUUAGCGCGUCUGUGGCCCCACAGACAGGGGCUGAGCCCAGGUCCCCAGGGCCGAUUCCCCGUCCAGCCCAGAGCAAGACCACUGAGGCCGGGGGCGGAAACCCGAGUGGCAUCUAUUCAGCCAUCAUCAGCCGCAAUUUUCCGAUUAUCGGAGUGAAAGAGAAGACCUUUGAGCAGCUUCACAAGAAAUGUCUAGAAAAGAAGUUUCUUUUUGUGGAUCCUGAGUUCCCACCGGAUGAGACCUCUCUCUUUUAUAGCCAGAAGUUCCCUAUCCAGUUCGUCUGGAAGAGGCCUCCGGAAAUUUGCGAGAAUCCCAGAUUUAUCAUUGAUGGAGCCAAUAGAACUGACAUCUGUCAAGGAGAUUUAGGUGACUGCUGGUUUCUCGCAGCCAUUGCUUGCCUGACCCUGAACGAGCACCUGCUUUUCCGAGUCAUACCCCAUGAUCAGAGUUUUACCGAAAACUACGCGGGGAUCUUCCACUUCCAGGUGANUCCAUCAUUGACAGACCCAGUAUCCAAGCUAAAUUAUAGCCAAAGGAGUCGCUAG